UACACCUCUCAACAGCUCUUGGCACAUAACAACAAUUCAGUGAGGCUAAACAUUAAAGAGAAACGUUUCGACCCGAUUAACGUUCUUUGCAUUAGUUUAUUUUUAUUUCCAGCUUUUGAAAAAAGUCUAACGUUUGAGCUACAGUUUAGCAUGUCCUCUGUCCGCCACUGAGACUUCACCAGGAAAGCAGAUUUAGUACAAAAUGUCUGCGUGUAAACGGUUACUUCACUUUGUGAAGCACCGGAGCCUUUGGACGCAUGUUCGGAGAAACGUCACAACAUGGUCUCCCGUAGGAGCCGCUUUCAAUGCCACACAUCACAAACGACCGAACGUGUUGGAGAAAAACGUGGGUUUGUUUGGGGUGCCAGAGCUCAGCUGUCCUGAAGGCUUCCAGGCCGCCACCAAAACGGCUCUGAAGAACACAGCGCGUCUGGUGGAAAGAGCUUGCUCCUGUCCUCCAGGGGUCGAGACAGUCGAGUCCUUUGACCAACUCUCAGAUGGUUUGUGUAAAGUGGCUGAUCUGGCAGACUUCGUGAAAGUAGCACAUCCAGAUCCGGCGUUUCGCGAGGCUGCAGAGAAGGCCUGCAUAGAGAUCGGCACAGUUGUGGAGAAGCUGAACACCAACGUUGAGCUUUGCAAGAGUCUGAAAAUAUUGCUGGAGAGCCCGGAUAUUGUGGCUCAGCUGGACCCCGAUACGAGACGAGUGGCAGAGCUGUUCAUGUUCGACUUUAAAAUCAGUGGAAUUCAUCUGGAUGACAAACUGAGGAAAGAGGCCGUCGCCCUCCACGUAAAGCUGUUGGAUCUAAACAACAAGUUUAUCGUCGGCUCUCACCUGCCGAACAGAAUUGCGAGCUCUGCUAUUCCUGAGCAUCUGCACUCGCACUUUGCAGAAGAAGGAAGCUUCGUCCAAAUUGGGGGAUUACAUGCAGAUUCCUCCAAUGACCUGGUGCGAGAAAUUGCCUUCAGGAUUUACCUUUAUCCAAAUGCAGAUUUGAUGGAGUGUCUGGACGAGCUGCUGAAAUGCAGAUACAAACUGGCCCAACUGGUGGGCUACGACUCCUACGGACACAGAGCCCUCAAGGGAACCAUGGCCAAGACCCCCGAGACGGUGAUGAGCUUUCUUCAGUUGUUAACAGACAAGCUGUCAGACAGAACAGCCAAAGACUUUACGAUGAUGGGGAACAUGAAGAAGAAACUCAACCCUCACAAUUCUGAGCUCAUGCCAUGGGAUCAUCCGUACCUCAGUGGCGUCUUGCGUGCUGAAAAGUACAACACAGAGCCCAGUCUGUACAGUCCAUAUUUUUCUCUGGGCGCCUGUAUGGAGGGGCUGAACAACCUCUUCUCUCAGCUCUACGGCGUCUCCCUGGUGUCCGAACACGCCAGUGCCGGAGAGGUCUGGAGCGAGGAUGUCCGCAAACUGGCUGUGGUACACGAGACAGAGGGAUUACUGGGAUAUAUCUACUGUGACUUUUUCCAACGGCAGGAUAAACCUCAUCAGGACUGUCACUUCACCAUCCGCGGUGGCCGCCAGUGCCAGGAAACGGGUCAGUACCAGAUCCCGGUCGUGGUGCUGAUGUUGAGUCUGCCCCACCCGACCAAGAGAGCCCCCACCCUGCUCACCCCCGGCAUGAUGGAGAACCUCUUCCAUGAGAUGGGACACGCCAUGCACUCCAUGCUGGGACGCACUCGCUACCAGCAUGUGACUGGAACCAGAUGUGCGACUGACUUCGCUGAAGUCCCGUCCAUCCUCAUGGAGUACUUUGCCACUGACUAUAGAGUCAUCGGCAAGUUCGCACGCCACUAUGAAACUGGACAGUCUCUCCCUGAGAAUAUGGUGGCUCGCCUGUGUGAGUCAAAGAAGGUGUGCGGAGCCGCAGACACCCAGAUGCAGAUCUUCUAUGCUGUCUUGGACCAGAUCUACCACAGCCAACCUCAGAACCACAGCACCACAGACAUCCUGAAGGAGAUGCAGCAGAAGUUCUACGGCUUGCCUUAUACGGAAAAUACGGCGUGGCAGCUGAGAUUCAGCCACCUGAUUGGCUACGGAGCCAAGUACUACUCCUACCUCAUGUCCCGCGCCGUGGCCUCAAUGGUGUGGAAACAGUGCUUCGUCCAGGAUCCUUUAAAUAGGGACAUGGGUGAGCGUUACCGCCGGCAGAUGCUGGCCCACGGAGGAGCCAAGGAGCCCAUGCUGAUGGUGGAAGGGAUGCUGCAGAGACAGCCCACCAUGGAGGACUUUGUGGAUGCGCUGGUGUCCGAGCUCAACCUGAACUUUGAAACCUUCCUCAUGGACUCUGAGAGCUGAACGAUGCCUCCUGGCGCCAUGGAAACCGACUUGAAGCUCGACGAGGCAAAGACGUGAAACACUAGCGGAGCGCACGGACGGCGGACCGAGAGGACAACGAUGUGGCAGUCGCGCGCAUUCUUGCUCUUUAUGUUGUCGGGGAAUGAAUUAACAUUUUAUAAAUUGCUAUUUUCUUGUUUUAAAGUCACAUUGACUUGUUUUGAUGUAUUUGGUUAAUUCUGAUGUCAAUAUGAGAUCAUGUGGUGAGAAUCCAAAAGUUUUGAUAAUCUUUGAAUAUUAUUGCAGAUUAUAAUGAACUGUGUUACAUUCACAGACACGUUCCCGAUGCUCUGGACUCUCUUGUGUCACUGUUCCUCUUGUUAAAAAAAACAUCUUGAGUUUGCAAAUUGUUUUCCUUAUUUUUAGUCGCACUGAGCGUUGUUUGAAAAUGAACAGAACCAAUGAGCUCUGUAAUGUAACAAGCUGCCAUAUUUUUCUCUUAGGUUCCCUAAUUUUCUGGUUAUCAUUCAUCUGCAUUUAUCUUAUUAAUUUCAUGGCUAAUAUCCGGUCUUAGCCGGUUUCAGGAGUAUUCUAAUUUCUUGAUUAAAGAGUGAGGAAUAAUACUUAA